CUUCUUUUAUCGUAUGAAAGUAACCGAUCACGUAAAAAGAUAUAUAUUGUGAUAUUGCGGCUGCGGCUAGUCUUUGCUAUAGGAGGGCGAUCUCCUAGGCAGAGUUCUUGAGUUUUUGGAACUCACGAACUGUGAAUAGCAGGGAUGCAUUCAUUUUUUAGAAAGUAUAUUUCGAGCAAUCUAAAUAACUUCCACACUACAACUGUAGAUGUCAAGGAUGGAGAGGCAACAUUUAAUUGUCUAUUUAUAUAACCCUUUCUUGAAACAGUGACUACUUGGUUAAAAGAAAGUCAGGAUUGGUGUAAGGCAGGAUUCCGGCCUGGGGAAACACAAUUGAUAUCUAUGGGUAAACAGCCCAAAAACAUACCGUUAUAUAAAGAAGAUAACCACAGCUAUCCGGCUGAUGGGAUCAUUAAGCUGUAUGGUCUGAAAAAUAUCGAGAUCGUGUUGCUUGAAACAUCGGGUUGCUUUGGUUCUAUCGAUAAAUUAAAAAUUGCAUUUGAUCAUCAUAAAGGUCUUUUUGGUGCUCUUGCAAUGUUGAAAAGUAUUGCUGAUGAGUUUCCUAUGGCAACUGUGGAGGCAUUCCAAAAAUGCAAGGUCUUUUUCGUACAUGGUACAGGAGAAAAUAUCUGUCUUUGGAGCUUACGAUUCGAGCCAAAAGGCCCGAUCUUUGAAUUGUGGCUCGAAGAUACGCUGUAUAUUAAGCCUGAUAUUGAUGAUAAACUGGACGCUCUUCCUCGUUUCUUGAAGUUCUUCUGGCGCAUGAAGUGCCUCUUGACUGAGAGCAUCUUAGGUUUUGCCCAGCUCAAAAAGGAGCAUAUAUGAGUAAUUUAGGAUAAACAACAUUUUCAGUAGUGUUUUGUUUAUUCUCCCCCAAACCCCCUCUGUAAACGUACCAAUAACCCAUCAUCAUUCUCCACAUUUUAUGUCAGUUUAAAUUUUUACUACCAAAGCCAAUGAAAAUAAUUCACUCAAUGCUUAUGCAACGUUCU